AUGAUAUUGAAGUUUCUCCAUUCUACUAUAUAUGGGCAAAAUAUACCGUCUUAAAAUAUAGAUAUGGUAUUGAUCAAAAUUUAGUCGGUAGAAUGUUUGGUAUCAGCCUUUACAAUAUAAAAAUGAAUGAGUUUAAUCUGACUGGUCGUAAAAAGUUUCAACCUGCUGAAAUUUUAGAAGAUACGAUAUACUCCAAUCAAUCACCAUAUCUUAGUCAAGUACCUUGUAGUUGGGGUGCUUUAUAUUUUCCUGAAAUAUGGCGCGAAUUCCAUUACUAUCUGACCGCUAGAUUAACUGACGUUUUUGGUCCUAAAUUACAGCAAAUAGAAAUUCCAGAAAGUAAAUCAAAUAGAUGGAGCAGGUCUUGGAAACGUUACUUUAUAGAGCUUGCAUACCUUCGUGGUUAUGUGAUGCUUUAUCCUAAUUAUGAAAAUUCUACUAGCUUUUCCACUAAUUAUGCCGAGAAGGGUGUUCACUAUAAAGGGGUUAAUAAAACUUCCUUGCUCCUUCCAUUAAUGGAAGAGGAUAUUCUACUGGAAGGACUACCUGACGGUCAUUUACCAAACUUCAAUUAUUUACCAACUAUGGACCUUUGGGGAAUUCUUGUAUCGCCGGAAGAAUUAAUUCUACGUGGACGUAAAUUGCAUUCGGAAAUUUCUCGUUGUCCUCCCGGCGAUCUUAAUAAACUCACUUACGACCCCCAAGACCUAUUAUGUGUGGAUAAUCCAAAUCCAAAUCCUUCCAAUGAAGAUAUAUGA